AUGGGUCGUUCGGCGAUACCGCUAGACACGAUAUGGCCCAACGGCUCGGACCCCAAGACGCUCGUUUGCGUUCGAGCACAAUGCUCCGUUGCGGAACUGUUCAACACGGUGUUCGGGGAGAGCGAUCUCUCGGAGCAGCUCCACAAGCAGCGCGGUGACACCGACCUCGUGGAAUCCCCCUGGUACCCCGCGAAGGACGACCUGCCGCCGCAGCUCUUCACAUGGCAGGUGACCGACCCGCCCAACAAGCCGUCCGCCACCCUACGACACCGCAAGGUUCGCUUCGAGAGCCCACCCACCGCUCUGGCUUCCAAGCCCUUCCAAAACGAGGAAUCGCAGGUCAUCACGGAGCUCUACCCCGAUACGUUGUACGUCGUGGAAGCCGUAUCCUCCACGUCAGCGCCGUACGGUGACAAGUUCAAUGUGUACUUCCGCUACACCCUCCGUGCGGCCCAUCCGGCGGCGGCGACGGAUGGGGGCCCCCUGGCCCCCGUCAGCAGCCCGGCGGGGUCCCCUUCUUCUUCCGUACUUCACAUUCAGUUUCAUGUGGAGUGGCUGCCGGCCAUGAAUCGGAUGAUGAGGCCGGUGGUGGGCAAGGCAGUGGAUGGGCCCCGGCCCCCCCGUCCGGCCGUUUCACCCCCUCUCCCUCCCCCACCCCCUCCUUCCCCUGCGUCGCAAAUAUCACUACCGUUGCUUUUUGUCUACAUAUAUACUCAUCGUGUACGGCGCGGUACGGCACGACUCGAUACGGUACUCUCAGCCGGCGUGCGCAGUACAUUCAAGAUCUUCCGUACCGUGUUGGGCACGUUGCAGUCCGUGGCGGAUAUUCGUGAGUCCGAGGUUCCCGCGGGGGGUCUCCCGGCGGCGGUGAUGACGUCACACGAGGUGGCCGUACCUGCCCGCGGCGGGGUGCUGCCGGGGGAGGUCGACGGAGGGGCCGGGCCGUCAGCUCACAACGCCCCCUUACACCCGCAAGCAGCAGCCGCAGCUGGCUUCGCUCCAGGGGCGGGUCCUUCUCCGGAUUUAUUGUCGGUGCUGACGCAGCAGCUGGUGUACAAGGACCAGGUCGUGUUACUGGCGGAUUUGUUGGGUGCGGGUCUCCGUACGGUGUCGGCAUCGGACCUGGGGGCGCAACUGCUGGCGGCGGCGUUGACCAUCUGGCUCAUCAGCAUCAUGGUGGCGGCGCUGAGGUCCUGGAAGGCGCUGUGCGGCGGCGGCGGCGGCGGCGGCGGCGGCGGACUGCUGUGGCCACUUCGCCUGACCGUGUGCUGGCCACUGGCGCUCGUAGACUUGCCUGACAGUACGGCAGAGGUGCUGACGUCGCUGGCGAUGGUGGCGGCGAUAAACUGGGCGGUGAUCUGCGGCUCCGAAGCUGUCGUACGGUUCCUUAGCAAGAAGCACCCGGGGCUGCUGGCGGCGGCGCGCGGCGGCGGUGGCGGCGGCGCAGGCGACGGCGGUCGCGGUGGGGAGGUGAUUGGCGGCGUGCCGUUCAGCCAGACGCCUUUGCUGGGAACCCGGGGCAGCAGCGGCGCCGGCGGCGGCGGCGUUGGACGAGGCCCAUCCGGCGGCGGCGCCGCCGCCGGCGUCAACCACACUCAGUCGUCUGCUGCAACCACGUCCCGUGGAACCGGCUCCGCCGCCGCUGCGCCUCCGCCAGCGGCCGUAUCAGCCUCCGUGACGGCGGGAGGCGACGGCGGCGGCAAGGAUAAGGGUAAGGCUGCGUUCCGUUGGGACGCUGUCAAGACGUCGGACUUGGCGGAUGUGGGCUCCCCAGAUUCCGCCUCCUCACCGAGCUUCUCUGCCCCCAGCCAGCAGUACCAUCUCACGAAGCUCAAGGCGCGCAGUGAAGCCGGCGGCGCGCUUGCAAGCGACGCAGCUGCCGUCGCAGCGGCGGCAAUGGCUGCAGCGGCGGCGCGCCGCCGCGGCAGCGCCGCGGCCGUCGCCGGCGGUGGUGGCGGCCUCCACUACUCUUUCACUGGGGGCGCGACGGCGGCGCCGUCCAUGUUUUCCGUACAGUCCGACGUGCCGUUGCUGGCGUUUGGCGAGGUGGAGGAGGAGGGAUACGGCGGCGGCAGCGGCGGCGACGAGGAGGGGUAUUACGGCGAGACGGAGCCUGCCUUGGUGGUAGAGGAGGUGUUUGAGAACGAGCGGUUUCAGCCGUUUCGCGGCUGGGGCCACCAGUGGCCGGGGCACUUCCUGCCCUCGGACAGGGUGGGCCAUUGGAGCGACCGCCAGGGUAAGCCUGGUGGCAGUGCCAGUAUGGUGUUCGAGCAGGUGGUGCCGCAGCUCCCCCGGGGGUGGAGGUGGAUGGAGGAGGACUGGCAGGUCGACCUGGAGGGUCUGGAUAUCGAGGCGGUGGACGCGGACGGCUGGACGUACGCCCUGGACUUCUACCUGCUCAAGUACCCCCCACCACCCCAGGGAGGGAAGUGCUCUCUGAAGCAUUUUGUGCGGAGGCGGAGAUACUUCCGGACUCGCGUACGGAUUGAGGGACGCAGUACACGGUCGUCAGGCGACUACACGGGGCCACUGGCGCCGCCAUUCACCCGCGUCAGCGGAGACGGCGGCAACGCAACGGAAGGCGGCGGGGCUCGCGAAGGUAUUGCAGCGAUAUCGGACUCACCCACGGUGGCGGCACCGGGUACGACAGACGCGGCGGCGGCGGCAGCGGCGGCGGCGGUGGUCGAUCCGCUGGCGGCGACGGACCCGCUGUUGUCCUUAUCUGACGGCAUCCCCAGCGCCCCUCAACCUCAUCCCCGACCUAGCCGACACCCCUUGGAGGACAUGGGGGCUAGCGGCGGGGGCGGCGACGGGACGGCGGUGGAGUUACAACCGGCGGCGCCGUCAUCCACGACGUCGCCGACAUCGCUUGGCGGAAGCGGUGGCGGCGGUAAAGGGCUUCCUCGCCCGCGUUCCGCUUCGGAGGGUCUGUCGGAGGUGUUGGCACUGCAGGAGAAGCAGGGGCAGCAGGGGCAGCAGGGGCAGGGCACGCGAAGUGCGCGGUCGUCGUCGUCAUCGUCAGGCGCCGCCGGCGGGGUAGCGGCGGCGGCAGCGGUAGCGGCGCCUGUUCAGGCAACACUGGAUCUGUUCAACGCCGGGGCCAGGACAGCGAGCGCCGCUGCUGCCGCAGCUGACGGUGUGGCCAAGCAAGGUGUCCGCCAAGGCGGCGGCGACGCAGUCGACGGCAGUGGAGGUGGCGGCAGGGGUGCCGUACAGCACGGCGAGUUGUUCUUACUGUCGCCCAAGACGGAGGUAAUGUCGGAUGACCCGUUGGGGGCACUGGCGGCUGAGGAGGAGCGCGGGCUGACCGGAUCCGGAAAGCCUUCGCCACCGCCGCCGCCGCCGCCGCCACUGCCCGCUCCGGAACCGCCGGCAGGUGUGGCGGAAGCCGCUGUCGUUGCUUCUGGAGGUGAUGCUACCGCCGCCAGCGGGGGCGACAGCCACGUCGUCGUCAAGCCCGAGGCUUCCAAUCCCGGCCCCGGACCGAGCCAGGAGGCCAGCACAGUCGUUCCUCCGCCGCCUGGCGUACUCUCUGCUGCUGCCGCCGCCGUCGCGGCCCCCGACACCGCCGCCGUUCCCACAACCGCAGCAGCAGAUGGCGGCAUCUGCGCCCCCGUCCCAGUCCCCAUCCCCGUCCCCGCCGCUGCAACGGUCCUUGCGCCCGUGGCUGAGGAGAGAUCUUCGGCGGCGGCGGCAGUCUUGACGGAUGCCCCAGCAGGUGCAACGGCGCCGCCAGGUGUCGAGGACAGCGGGGGGGAUGGCGGCAGCGGUGGCGGCGGCGCUGCGGCGGCCACGGCAGCGCCGGCUACUACUGGAUUGGGUCGAAGGGAGAGCAUGCGAACAUCGCGAUCGGCACUGUCGCCAGCGAAACCAAAGUCGCAGGGUGUUGCAGGGGCGGAGCCUGGUGAUGGUGUGCACAUGGCGGCAGUGGAUGGCGGAGGUGUGGCGGAGGGGCCCAUCAUCGCAGCCGAGACGGUGCCACACCUGGAGAUUUGUGGCGACCAGGAGCUGUCGCCGAUCUCCGCUGCUCGUACUACGGCUGCUGUGCUGUGCAUGCUUUAUGCCUGA